UCCUCUCCCUGCAGCAUGGGUUUGGCCCACUCUGACGUUGACCUCAAAGUCUCCUUGUCGGAGAGCGGGAAGAAGAGAGCACAGCUGAUGGAUUGUCUCCGAGGCGCACACAGCCUUUUGGAGGGACAGUCUGACCAACUGCAAAAGCGGCAGAAUCAGCUGGAAGAGAGCAAGGCAAAGAUCGAACUCCUCUCUUGGAAUCAGAAACAGCUGGAAAAUUCCAUCUCGCAGUUGGAAGAAGAGAAAGAUUUAUUCCAAGCCUCGUAUUGCGAAGAUCAGAGAAACCAAGCAGAGCUGCAGGAGAAGAUUUUACACCUGGAGAAAGAAAUGGCCAAAACAAAAUGCUCGCUGGAGCAAAUCAACCAAGGACGGCCCUCUGUGCUGCUCUAUCCCACAUACACAUUCCCCCUGACAGGAAUAGGAGAAGAUCUAUUGAAACAAGGAAAGGCCACUUUGAUACGGAAGCUCCAGACUGCACAAGACACCGCCCAUGUGUAUCAGGACUGGGCUGUGGGUGUAGGGGCAGAACGCGAUAAAGUCUUUGAAGAGUUGAAGACCUUUAGAGAGGCACAACGUUCGGCCCUCAUGAAAACCAACGAGAGCAACCAAAGACUGACCGACUCCCUGCGAGCCCAGGGCUCCCUGCACAAUGAGAUGAAUGAGUUGAGGAUCAGCUGCAGUGAAGCUACUUUGGAGCGAGAUUUACUGUCAUCCAAAGUACUAAGAUUGGACGGGGCUGUUGAAGACCUGAAGGCCAAACUGGUGGGUGCUGUGGCUGACAAGGACCGAUUCUUCAAGGAGAAGCUGGAUUUACAUCAGAGAGUCCAGCUGUUGAGCCUGGAGCUGGAGCGUGCCCAGCGAGGGAGAGAAGGCUUCGAUGAGCAAGUAGCCAGUCUCCACGUGGAGCUCGUGAGCAGCAAAUCUCAGGCCAACAGAAAAGACCAGGAGAAAGUCUUACUGAAGGAAGAACUUGCAACCAUUAAACAGGUAAACGAGAGGGUCUCCUCUGAAAUGGCUGAGAUCCAGAAGAAGCUGGUGAGUUGCCAGGAACAGCUCCACCAACUGGAGGCUGAGAAGAAGAUCCUGAACAAUCGCAUGGAGGCCCUGGAAGCCGAGCGAAUCCAGCUGAUCAGCGAGAAGGAGAUGCUUGUUACCGCGGUGACGACCAGCAACCAAAGCCAGGACAGCGAGCUCCUGACCUGCAAGGCAGACUGCGAGGCCCUGCGAGUUUCUCAGGCUCAGCUGAACGAGCAGAACAAAUGGCUGGAGGCUCAGUUACAGCAGAAGGCGGAGGAGUUGGCUGCAGUUACCCUAGAGCAACAGCAGGUGACGCUGCACUGGAAGGAGAAGUGGCAGGAGGCAGCCGUGGCUCUCAAAGCCAAGGCCAAUGAGGUCCAUUUGGCAACCGUGACCUGCAAGAGAAGCAACGCGAAGCAAGAGAGUUUGUCUGUGGUGCGUGUGGAGUUGGACGCUUGCAAACAGGAGUUGGAGCUGGAGAAGAGCACGAGGUGUAAGCUACAGCGGCAAGUGCAAGCCUUACAGAGCGCCAGUCAUCAGCUCCACCAACCAAGCCAGGCCGACCAGGGGACAAUGUUUCACAAGCGUUCAGGGAGCGCAGUGAUGGAGAGGACCCUCGUGAACAGGAAGCUGGAUGUGACAGAGACACAGAUGGAGGGGAUUUGGUGUCACAGGAAGGGCUCCUCUUCUUACAGCUGGAAAGCAAGGAUGCUCCACUUUCAGGACAUCUUUUGAAGUCUGACACCUCCUCCUCACCUGGCCUGCCGUCACCUUUGGUUGAGGAGCUGCUGUCCCAGGUAUCCGCGCUUCAGGAAGAACUCAGGGACGCCAAGACUCAGCACCGACAGCAGCAAGAGAUAACCAAGGCUCUCAGAGAGGAACUGGAAGAAGCCAAGGUGAACAAGCCAGGAGAAUUCAAGGCGUCUCUGGAAGAAGUGGAUAAUGACCUGUUUCAAGUACGAGAAGAGUUGGAGAAGGUUUGGGACAU